CUGAUGGGCUUAAAAUGAAUUUAAUGUGCACCUGAAGGAGUCUGCUAGUAGCAGUGUUCAUCAGAUAGACUGUGGUGUCCAGGGACAUGAAACUCAAUCCACAGCAAGCUCCAUUGUAUGGGCAAUGUGUUGUCACGGUGCAGCUCGCUGAUGAAGAGCUGGCUGCGGAUGAGGAGGGCGUGCACUACUUCCUUCUGUUUGCUGGCAGCACACAAAGGCACCUGACCAGCACCCUAAGGAGCAGUCAUGACACCUUGCAGGCGGUGUGUCCCGCCCAUGACUGCUGCGAGGGGGUACUGGUCACCUUGUGCUCUGUCAGCCAAUUUGUCCCUGAGGCCCCAAAGAAAGACCUACGCCUGGGUAGUGUGUCUCCACUGGGCGAGCAACGAUUCAGCUUCGUCCAGGAUUUGGCUUUUGACAUGGCCCAGUUUCUGGUGAGCACGGCAGGUCGAGCUGACGCCCUAGAUGGAGCGCUGCUGCUGGAUGAGUGUCAGAUUCCUCUGCGGGAGUGUGAACGUCUGGAUGAGAGCCUGGCGCUGGCCCUCCAGCAUCUCGCCCUGCCUCUGGGAUGGACCUUACUGGGAAACAAACCAACCAACAUCACUGAACUGAAUCCUCAGGAGACUCUGCUGCACUUCUCCGCUCGUCGAGGUCUAUUUCGGGUUACACGCUUCUUGUUACAGCAGCCUGGAGCUACAGAAGCCCUGCGAUUGGUCAACAGACAGGGCCACACCCCAUCCGCCAUUGCUGCUUUGCGAGGACAUGAACGUCUCCACAAGCUUUUAGAAAAGGCUGACACGGACACAGAGAAAGGGGCUGACAGUGUCCACCAGGUCUCUACAGAUGCCCGGGUAAUUUGUCACCUCCCCAGGCUGAACACACACACUCUGACACUGAGAAACCACCCUGGCCGCGAACCUCCGACCCUUCAGAAGAGUGUGGAGCAGCUGCUGCACCUGAUAUGCCAUCUCCAUGCCAAGGGAGUUUCUGUACUGGAGCUGCAGUUUGAUGGUCUGCACACAGCUGCCGAAUGUUGUGAUGGCAUAGAAACAGAGAUAACCUGCGUGGAGCAACUACAGCAGGCUGCCACAGCAUCGAAGUGUUUGGAUACAACAGCUGAAGGCAGCUGGGUAGAAAACUGCCCAGUGGAAAGCAGCAGGACUGAUUCAGGACACAGUGAGACUGGGAAGGCAGAGAAAGACGGGAGGUUGUCUGCGAGUACUCCAACAUCAGAUGUACGCCCUGAGGACCAUGGCCUUCACUCCCCAGAGGAGCGGGUGUGUUUUAGUUCAAACAUUGGGAGAGAUUACUGCCAAGCAGAGGAGGAGGGAAGAGAGCAGCCUGUUGUUUCCACCCAAAGUUUGAGUUUGCGUCACAGGAGUGAAGGAGCUCAGAGUGAGGUAGAAAGGGCAGAACUCACUGUGGGAAUCCUACCACCAGCAGGCUGUGGUAAACAGGCAGAGGAAACUGAUAGAGCAGAGGCUGUGAUCCGGGAAGGACAGGAGGCCACAAAGGGAGAGGACAGAUCUGAGCAGGAAGAGGAGCACAGCACAGCCAGGAGGAAGGAGGAGGAGGAGACCAACUCAGAGUCAACAGAUCCAAUAACGCCCGGUGGAGACAAGAAAGCUUUAGUCAUGGGCCAGAGUCUGUCGUUGGAAGGCUCAGAGGUUUCUGACAACUCCGAUUCUGAAACGAAAGACUGCGCUCAGGAAGAGGAAACUGUUGGGACAGAAGACAUGAAACUUAGUGAGGAACUCUGUGAUGGACUCUCUUUAGACGAGGAGACAAUGGAGAAUAAAGGGUUAACGGACCCUGUAUCAGUCUCAAGGGACCUCCCCAAUCCAUCACUGAUAGACAGCAGUGAUGUAAGCGAGGAGCCUGAAUCUGCUUUUUCAAGUCUCCUGAUAGAAGGCCUCCACAAGGGGGAACCUCCACCAGACAUAAACAGCCUGGAACAAAACCAGGAAACAGCUGGGAGGGAUUACGCUACAGAGCAGCAGCAGGGCUUGGCUCCAGACACCAAUUCUGAGAAUUGUACUGGAACAGCAAAGAGUAAAGAACUGGAUGGUCAGGAUGUAGCUGAAACUUUUGGACAAAGUAUCAAAAGCUCCUUUUUGCCUGUGGAUGAAUCUGACAACACAGCAGAUGAUCAGACCGCCGGGAACUCCACAGAAGAUACACAGAUUGACCAAGUUGACUGCAUGGCCCACAGCCUCUCCAGUGAUGACGAUGGCAGUUUCCGGUCAGUCGGAAGCUCCACAACGGAAAUCUUCCACCCCACUCAAGACAGUGCCACAGCAGAGGAGCAGGACUUGGUUCAAAGCAAGAUAUCAGAACUGUCCUCAGAAGGAUCCAUGAUGGAUGCGGGGCUCAUCUCGGAGCAGACCCCUGACAGGGCUGCGACAUUGACCAACUGCAACCAGACUGGCACCGAGCCUGAGUCACAACUGCCACCCAGCCCUCAGACAAUGGAGCCUUUGAACCCAGAGGGGACAGGAGAGGAACUUGUCCCAGAACUUUCCAAAGAGGAUCUGUCAUUGGGUCCCAUGUUGUCAGAGAGUGAGGACUCUGGAGAUGCCAACUGCUCUGUCCUGAAUGCAGAGAUUGAGCAUUCAGCAUCGGAGAUCACCUGUACAGUCCUAAGUGAACCAUGUCAGUCUGUUGCAGAAAAGAUCGAAGUGGAUGUCCCAGUUGGAGGUGAUCCUCAGUCAACAGAGACCAGUGAUAAAACUCUGGUUGCCUCAGGAGAGGAGAAUGGGCAUGUGCAAUCUGCUCCAGAGCAACAGAAACAGGACGAUUUAGAGACCACAGCAGAAGAAACGUCACCUGACGAUGGAUUAACUCACACAGAGAAUGAGAUCAGUGUAUCUUCAUCACAAAGUAUCACUCUGCUUUCAGACAGUACAGAAGCAGAACCACGUUCUCAAAACAAUGAACUUGUUGUUGAGAAUGAUUUGAAUGAAAAUUCAAAGACAUCUGAUGCAGUGGAUGGAGCCUCAGAAAGCCACAACAGUGCAAUCCAAGGGGAAGAUGUCAUCAAGUCUGAAGACACUGUAAUUGCUGCAGGGGAGGAAGAAAAUGACACAGCAGAGGAAACAGACUUCUCCAGGAUCCACCGAGACAGAGAGGCGUCGUUCCAUCAGCCCUGCAACACUCAGCACUCAGGAUCUUCACAGUCUUCAGCGUUUCCCAGUUUGCCCAGUAGGACCGACAGCACCACCAGUUGUCCCUCCACAGCUCACAAAGACUCCAGCAGCGACAUAGAGAGCUUCCUAAACAUAGAACCUGGAUAUGACAGCGUCUUCAGAAAGAAUGAUGAACCAGUGACAGGAGGAGACAGUGCCAGCGAGGUGUCCAUCUCCUGUUCCUCCACAGACGACACCGCCAGCGUCGGCCCGUCCAGCUCCAGUCCUGAAGGCAGCCAGCACCUGGGCUGCAGCUGGAGCCCAGAGGACAGUGUUCAGACAGGGGCUGCUACCUCUGCAGGUCUGGACGGAGGUGGAGGAGCGGGAGAAGCUGAAGAAGAGGCCAAAGACAGAGUGACAGAGGUGCCGCGGCGCUCUUGUCUCCUCCGGAACAGCAUCCGCUCCCUGUCGCCUCUCCGCCGCCACAGCUGGGGUCCUGGAAAGAACAACGGGGGAGACGCGGAGAUGAAUCAACGGAGUUCCAUCCGUAGUCCUGGUGAGGGGAAGCCGACCUUUCACAGGAGAAGGUACCAAUAA